GUAAACCUUUGCGGCAGUGGUCCUUGGUGGCUGACAGACUGUGGUUGAAGCCCCCUCCUGGGCGGAGAGCUCAGUUAAAUCCUCUCAGGUGCAGGAGCUGCAGGGCGCAUGCUCCUCCCCGGCCAGGACUGGUAGAAAAAAAAAAAAAAAAAAAAACAGGAAGACACCGCUGAAGACUAUCGGUUCCCUCUUGUCACCCAGGGGUUAAAAAGUUAACGAAACUUCAGGGAGUCAUGGAAACUCGUUUUGGGCACCUCGCUGUUUGGAUAUACUCAUAACACAAACUCUCCAUCCGUGUAGUUUUCGUGAACAGAACUUGUAGAGUGAACUUCGGGGAGGCUCUUUUCCGCUUUUGCCAAACAUCACUUUAGCCCCGAGGCUAGCUUUGCUAAAGCUAACGUUAGCUGCUCGUUUUUCGCCGCGUCUCUUUUGGCUUUUGGGUGCUUUCCGCAAACGUAAAGGUUGUGCUUAAUGCGGAAUAUGUUAAGAGUUAUUUCUACAUAGCUAUUCCACAGACGCAACAGGUCGUUUUCGUGACGCUGUCGCUCAGUGGGCUGGGGGGGUUGUGCUUUGAAUUUCCCUCCUUCAGUGAAACGAAAGGUGGCUUCGCACGGGGGUCGUCUGGCGUCCUACCAAAAACUCCUAGCAGGGUUGUGUUAAUUGCGGCUGCCAGUGCAUUAGCUACCAGGGAAGUUUCGAGCGAUUGAAGGACCGGCGGUAGCGUCGCGUUGGACGAGCCAGGGGAGAUUAACCGUCACUCACACGUGUUUAAUUGGACUCAAAUUCACGGAAACGGAUUAACUUAUUAAUAUGGAUCAACACACGGGUGGUUCUUCCUCAGCCUCUAGUCACAAGGAGAAGAAGAAAUCAAAGAAGAGCAGCGAGGAUGGAGAGAAGAAGAAGUUUACGUUGAAACGGCUGAUUCCUGAUGAGCUGGAGCGUUUGACCAGCAUGAGAACGAAAAAGGACAAGGAGAAACCCAGCUCGGCUUCCAGCCAGCGACACUCUUCAGCUGCCAACUACGAAAUCGGCCAACCUGUUAACGUGCUGCAAGAUCUCCCUGAUAAAGAAGUGCUGGAGCUCUUCGAAAAGAUGCUGGUGGAUAUGAACCUGAAUGAGGAAAAACAGAAGCCUCUGAGAGAAAAAGAUAUCAAUACCAAAAGAGAAAUGCUCUCCCAGUACCUGCACACAUCUAAAGCUGGCCAAAGCCAGAAGGAGAGCUCAAAGUCGGCCCAGGUGUACAUCCAGGAGUUAAAGUCGGAAAUCAAAGACGGCCAGCUGCUGAGCUGUCUGGAAUCCCUGAGAGUCUCCCUCAAUAAUAACCCAGUCAGUUGGGUGCAGAACUUUGGCAAUGAAGGCCUGGCUCUGCUUUUGAACAUCCUGAGAAAACUGCAGGAUGAUAAAGACGAAAACUUUGUGAUGGGAGGUAAAUGUCAGCAUGAGAUAAUCCGGUGUCUGAAAGCCUUCAUGAACAACAAGUAUGGUCUGAAAUCCAUGUUGGAGUCAGAAGAGGGCAUCACUCUGUUGGUCAGAGCCAUCAACCCACAGAAACCUUCCAUGAUGACAGAUGCUGUUAAACUGCUCUCUGCCAUCUCCAUUUUGGAACAGCCUGAAGGCCUUCAUGAGCGUGUUUUGGAAGUCAUCACAGAAGAGGCUGAAAAACAAAACAUUGAGAGGUUUCAGCCUCUCAUUUCUGGCAUGAAGAAUAACAGCCUCCCUUUAAGGGCCAGCUGCUUGACGCUUAUCAACGCCCUAAUCAGCCGGGCCGAAGAACUAGAUUUCAGAAUUCAUAUUCGUUCAGAGCUGCUAAGACUUGGACUCAGAGAGCCUCUGAAGGCGGUCCGGACAAUAGAAAAUGAAGAGCUCAAGGUGCAGCUUCGUGUGUUCGAUGAACAAGCGGAGGAUGACUCAGAGGAUCUCAAGGUGCGCCUUGAUGACAUCCGCAUUGAAAUGGAAGAUGUGAAGGAAGUGUUUGAGAUCGUAGUCAACACAGUGAAAGACUCCAAGGCAGAAAGUCACUUCCUUUCCCUGAUGCAACACCUUCUACUAGUCCGGAAUGAUUAUUUGGCCAGGCCUCACUACUACAAGCUGAUAGAUGAGUGUGUAGGUCAGAUUGUCCUUCAGAAAAAAGGAGCAGACCCUGACUUCAAGUGUCGUCCCCUCGAGAUUAAUGUUGAUCAUUUAAUAGACAACAUGGUGGAUAAGACUAAAGUGGAAACCAGUGAGGCGAAGGCCGCGGACUUGAUGAAGAAGCUGGAGGCAGAGUUAACGGAACGCCACGAGCUGAAGGCGGAGAUGACCAAACAGGAGUUGGAUUAUGAACAGAAGCUGAUUAACCUGAGCAAAGAGAAGGAACAACUGGCCACUGCGAAGAAGGAGAAAGAGGAAGAAAACAAGGGGCUGCAAAAACAACUGAGCACUUUGGAAACACAGAAUAAAAAACUCUCUAAGGAUCUGGAAGAUGCCAAAACCAAGCUUGCUACAAUUCCUGCUCCCGUUCCUGUGCCAACACCUUCUGUGCCCACCCAGAGCACAGGUGGGCCACCUCCACCCCCACCCUUACCUGGCCAGCCAUCCUUACCUGUCCCCCAUGCCCCACCACCCCCUCCUCUUCCUGGUAUGGCUGGUAUUCCUCCUCCUCCUCCGCCCCUGCCUGGAAUGCCAGGACCUCCGCCACCCCCACCCCUACCUGGAAUGCCAGGGCCGCCUCCUCCUCCACCCCUGCCUGGAAUGCCAGGGCCGCCGCCUCCUCCACCCCUGCCUGGAAUGCCAGGGCCGCCGCCUCCUCCACCCCUGCCUGGAAUGCAAGGACCACCACCCCCUCCUCCCUUGCCAGGUAUGGGACCUCCUCCACCACCACCACCACCUGGAGCUCCAGGCAUUCCACCUCCUCCACCAGGAAUGCCAGGAAUGCCACCCCCUCCACCGUUUGGGAUGGGAGGAUGGGGUGUCCCAGCAGCACCACCUGCAUUACCUUUUGGGCUGCAGCCUAAAAAGGAUUACAAGCCAGAGGUUCAGCUUAAGAGGGCAAACUGGAGUAAGAUCUCACCAGAGGAUCUCUCUGAGAAAAGUUUCUGGAUCAAGGCCCAGGAAGACCAGUUUGAAAACAAUGAACUCUUUGCCAAACUCACUGUAACUUUCUCCUCACAGACUAAGACCUCUAAGGCCAAGAAAGAGCAGGAUGAUGGAGAUGACAAGAAGCAGCAGCAGAAGAAAAAGGUGAAGGAGCUGAAGAUUCUCGAUUCCAAGACUUCACAGAACCUGUCUAUUUUCCUGGGAUCAUUCCGUCUCCCUUAUGAAGAGAUCAAGUGUGCCAUCUUGCAGGUUAAUGAGAAGGUCCUCACAGAGUCCCUGGUUCAGAACCUGAUCAAGCAGCUGCCAGGACCCGAACAGCUGAGCAUUCUGGGAGAGAUGAAGGAUGAGUACAAUGAUUUGGCGGAGUCCGAACAGUUUGCAGUAGUGAUAUCAAGUGUGAAGCGACUGAUGACGCGGCUUCAGGCCAUCCAGUUCAAGCUGCAGUUUGAGGAGCAGCUGAACAACAUAAAGCCAGAUGUGGUGUCUGUGACCGCAGCCUGCGAGGAGCUCAGGAAAAGUGAAACUUUCUCGAAGCUGCUGCAGAUCAUACUCCUUGUUGGGAAUUAUAUGAAUGCUGGCUCCCGAAACGGCAGCGCUUUUGGUUUCUCCAUCUCAUACCUUUGCAAGCUCCGUGACACCAAAUCAGCUGACCUGAAGCAGACACUGCUCCACUUUCUCGCUGAUGUGUGUGAGGAGCAGUACCCCGAUGUGAUGAGCUUUCCCGAUGAGCUCACGCAUGUGGAAAAGGCCAGCAGAGUUUCUGCUGAAACGAUUCAGAAGAACCUUGAGCAGAUGAGCCGUCAGAUAAAGAGCAUAGAGAAGGAUCUGGAAACUUUUCCUCCACCACAAAACGACAACGAUCAGUUUGUAGAAAAGAUGUCUAUUUUUGUGAAGCAAGCCAAUGAGCAGUUUGAAAAACUGGACCUGCUGCACAAGAACAUGGAGAAACAAUAUAACGAUCUCGGAGAUUAUUUUGUUUUUGACCCAAAGAAGAUAUCUGUGGAGGAAUUUUUCAGUGACCUAAACAACUUUAAAAACAUGUUCCAGCAAGCGGUAAAAGAGAAUCAAAAGAGGAAGGAGGCUGAAGAAAAGAUCAAAAGAGCCAAACUGGCUCGAGAAAAAGCAGAAAAAGAGAAAGAGGAGAAACUCAAGAGGAGCCAAUUACCUAACAUCAACACAGAGGAUGAUGAAACUGGUAUCAUGGACGGCCUGCUGGAGGCUCUGCAGUCUGGUGCUGCCUUCAGGAGAAAAAGAGGUCCACGACAAGCAGCCAACCACAGGCAGGCCGGCCAUGCUGUCACCAAUAUCCUGGCCAAAGAGCUGAUGCAGGACGAGAAGUCCACAUCCAGUAAAGAGCGCACAAAAAGGAUGAAGACAGGAAAGGAGGAGCCCAAACUAGAAGGAGCACAGUCUUUGGAGGAGUUAUUGGAUACGGCUCUUUUUCGCUCCAGUUAGUCUCAAAUGGGGAAAGUUCCCCUUUAUACAGUUUAUUAUUUAGCACAAAUAGAAUUUUAGUGAGCAUUCCAGCAGCCAAUAUAAAAUUAAAUUAUUUUCAUGUUCAACCAAUCUUUUUAGGACAGCAUUGUUUUGUUUUUGUCAGUUUUUUUUUUGUGGGGGUGGGGGGGGCAGCAGCAUGCGGAGGCUGGGGGCAGGACAGUUACCUCAGCCUCAUUCUUUACAAUAUUAAACAUACUGUAUUCGCUCCAUGUACAUAAAUAUUCCUACUUUUUUCCCCUACAUAGCAUCAAUCACAUUCCACUCUUCAAAGGGGCAAAUUGGUCCUUUUGCAAAGACUUAACAUAGUGAAGCCACUGCUUUGUUGUCAUUUUGUUUGACUGAUCCUGGAAAUGCAUGAAAAUUCGCCAUUUCGUGAGCAUGGUUUAAAGUGCUUUCUAGGAAUUGCUUUAAUGCAUGGCACAUUGAUUUGUUUCUGAGAUACUGUUUGUAAUCUUAUAUGUUCACUGGGAAAAAAAGUGCCAACCAAGAGGAGAGGUGAUGAGAUUGUACUGGAGGGUGUGGUACCGUCGAAUAUGGACCUCUUCAUCAGCAGCACUCAUCACCUUGUCCAUUGUUUCUGUGCGUCUUUACAGAAAAGGGAUUUAGUUCACUGGUGUGCUUUAACAUAUUUUUAAAUCGUAAAAUGGGAUGAUUUAAACAAGUUAUUAUUUUUUUGGGAACACCUCAUUUUUUAUAACUGAAAAACCAGCAUUCAUCCUGGAAUAUAAAUUUGCUCUUAAACCAUACAGGGAUUUAAAGUUGAAUGUAAGGACAUCUUUUUUUUUAAGGGUGUAUCCACAUAAACAUGCUGUAAUGGAAGCGGUUUACAUGCCUGUGUGUGUUUUUUUUUUUUUUGGUCCAUGAGAGUCUCAGUUUGACAUUAGGUUCCUAUAUUUAGUUAGUGUGCGCCCAAUCCCUUUUCCCCACAUAUCCUUCCAUAUAGGUUUAAGUGCGUGUGAUAGGCCAUCUGUAAUUACUGGACGGUACAAACCCUGCUGUCACAAAUGAUAGUGUUGCUCUUUCUGCUGAGAAUAUAGCGCACUGGAAAACAGCCUAUGAACUGCUGACACAAGUAUGUGUUGACAUGUUCUGUAUAUCCCCCCCAACUAAAAUGCAGCAAUAACCUCUGAAUGUCUUCGCCAUCAGCUUCCAUGUUGCCAUCUUUUGGGCUUUGAUCUGAACUACAAGCUGAUACUCCAAGCAAAAUGUACUUUUCUACAAAUCUUUGUGCUCCCAGACCUGAAAACAGACUAUCUCAGGGGAACUCCCCACACUGUCUUUGUGAUUGAAAGUCUCCACAGACACGACAAACUUUCUCUGCGUAGAAAUAAUUUUUUACAUGACAUGAAAGAUGAUGAGAAGAGCACAUGGUUUAGUGGCACCAACAACUGCUGUUUUCUAUUUUAAUCUAGGAUUAGGUCAAGGCGCUGCACCUGCACAAACCAUGCCGCUGUAUGCAAAGAAGCACGCUUGUUGAUUCAUGUCUGCUAUAUUCAUAUGUAUUCUGUCAGACAACAAAUGAUUGUUUAAACUGAAAGUAGAAAGUCUAAGUGGAGAAAUGGGUUGAUGUUGAAAUGGAUAUCACUGGAAUAUUUGUUGUGAUUUGUUCAUUCAGUGUUUUUCAUUUUAAAGAGAUUGUUUUUCUAUGUACAUUUUUAUGACAAUUUUAACAUAUUUGAAUUUUUUUCCCCAGAUUGCUUUAUGGAGUCAUGCACAUACUUUGUUUGUUACACUGAACAAUUAAAAUGUUUUGCAUCAUUA